AUGUCUUUUCCCAGUAGCUCUUCUGCGGCAAAUACAUUUUUAGUGGACUCUUUAAUUGGUGCUUGCAGGUCGGACAGCUUUUACUCCAGCAGCAACAUGUAUAUGCCGUCCACCUCAGACAUGGGAACUUACGGAAUGCAAACCUGUGGACUCCUGCCGUCUUUCGGCAAAAGAGGGGAGGUCAACCACCAAAAUAUGGGCAUGAAUGUCCACUCGUACAUACCUCAAAUAGAUAACUGGACUGAUCCGAAUAGACCCUGCAGAAUGCAGCCGUCAAACUGUACAUUUUCACAGAGCAUAAAGGAGGAGAGUAACUGCUGCAUGUACUCCGAUAAGAGAGUACACAAAGUCAGCUCCACAGAGCUCCCUGUAUAUUCUAACGUUAUUUCCGAAUCGUGUCCGGUCGAUGGUCCCGAGAUCCCGGUUCCGGGCUAUUUCAGACUGAGUCAAACUUAUGCGAAUGGGAAACAUCAGGAAAGCUUCUGCCACGAGCCGCCGAGUCCAAACCAAACACUGACGCAGCUCAGCCGGGUCACGCCGAAACCGCAGCCCUCAUCUGCGCCUUCAAAUGUUGCAGAGGUGGAAAAGAAAAGCGAGGACGUCCCACAAACCCACGAGACCUCAAGGACACCGGUCCCCGUAGAAAGCCCGGAUCUCAAGUCCAGCUCCGGGGAGAAAAAGUGCAAUACGGACGGCUCUGUGUCCAGCCCGGAGCUGCAACAGAAGGAAGGGAAAGGCUGCGACCCGCCGAGAAGCAACUGGUUAACUGCAAAGAGUGGGAGAAAGAAAAGAUGUCCCUACACAAAGCACCAGACCUUGGAGUUGGAGAAGGAGUUUCUCUUCAAUAUGUAUCUGACCCGAGAGCGCCGCCUAGAGAUCAGCAGGGGCGUCAACCUGACCGACAGGCAGGUCAAGAUCUGGUUUCAGAACCGCAGGAUGAAACUGAAGAAAAUGAACAGAGAAAACCGCAUCCGUGAACUCACCUCAAAUCUCACCUUUUCGUGA